UUAGUAGAAUUUCAACUAACAUCAUUAUAAAAUACUAUUAUAAAUAUCCGAAAAAAAAUUAACACAAAAUUAAAUCUUACAUAAAUCUCGUUAACUACUCGUGAUAAACGUGUGGAUCUUAUUUCGUAUCUUUUUUUUUUUACUUCGCAAGUAAGCCAAUUUUUUAAAGUAGAAAUGUCGUCUACACAACUUACUAAUUCUGACCUUUCAGCUAAAGAAGUUGAAGAAAAAGAUUCUAACGAACCCGAACCCACUUUGAAUGUUCAAGAUCAAGAGGUACAAAGUGAAAUACAAAAGGACAAAGUUCUUGAAUCGGAAACGAUCACUGAAGAACGAAAAAAUUUGGAAAAAGAAAAUGUAAUUGAAGUUCAACAAAAAAAUGUUGAUAACCAUAACGUUUCAGAUAAAAAUGAUUCAAAUCAAGAAGAACAAGUAGAAAAAAGUGUGACUUCCAAUAAUGUGAAUACGAAUGAAAUUGAACAAAUUUCACAAGAAAAUAAAGAUCAAUCAACGUUAUCAGUAUGGAGUGCGGUUUGGGAUGAGAAUGUCCAAGGAUAUUAUUAUUGGAAUACUUUAACUAAUGAAACUACUUGGGAGAAUCCUCAUAAUAAUAAUUUAGCGGCUCAAAAUAUUAAUCAUGAUUAUUCACAUCAUGAUUAUUAUUAUUCUCAAUACGGUUAUUAUCCUGAAGCUUAUUAUUAUGGAUAUGAUCAUUCUGCUUUAACUGCUUCCUCAGAUAUGACAACUACUGCUGUGACGACUACGGAACCUUCUACAAAUCCUUUAGAAUCUAUUCUUGAUAGGAUUGAUAAGGAAGUUAAAACUAAACUUGAUGGAAAUUCAUCAAAAACAAAAAAAACAUCAUCUACUUUCAAUUCUCAAUAUAAUGAUCAACAAGAUCAAAUCGAACAUCAUCAAAAAGAUGAAAAAGAUGAAAAAGAUGAAAAAGACGAAGAAGAUGAAAAAGAUGAAAAAGUUGAACAAACUUCAUUAGUUUCUUCUUCAACUGAUUUAGAUCCUUAUUAUGAUCAAAAUCAAACGACAACAAAUGAUUCAGAUUAUCAUUCAUUUCUAGCAGAACAUGGUGGAAAUGAUGGUGAAUAUAAAGUUACUGCAAGAUUCAACGCAAGAACUGGAAAGUUUCAACGUGAUCCUACUUUGAAUCCUGAAAAAUUUUCUGCCGACUCAAAAGCUAUUAGACAAAUGUCCUAUUUUUUCGAUUAUGAUCAAUUUGCUGAAUCCAGGGGUUCUUCCUCUUCUAAUAAAAGACUUUCAUCUGACGCUUCAUUAGGGGAUUCGAUAAAAAGUCCAAAGAAGUUGAAUAAAAAAGAUAUUGAAAUGUUUAAACAAAAAAAGAAAGAGAAAAAAGAUAUGAAGAAAAAAUCUUGGUUACUUAGUGAUGAUUAAUUAGGUAUUGUUUUUAUUUAUGAAAGAUUAGAAUUAGCGUUAUUUCUUUUCUUACAUAUAAUAUAAAAAUCUAAUUUUUUAUAUUUUUAUUUGAUUGUUACAUUCAUGUAGAAAUAUAUUAUUAUUGUUUAAUAUUUGUUUUUAGAAUUUCCGUCCUUUUUUUUUUUAUUGUUAAGAAAAAUAUAUUAAUUAAAUAAAAGUAUCUUGAUCUUUUAAAUUUAUUUUAUUUGAAAAUGUUUAUGUAAAUAAUAUAAGAAACUAAAAGAAAAGGAAGUUAAUCUAACUUUUUAUGCGAAUCAAACCAGAAAAAAAAAAAAAUUUUUUUCCAGUUUAUUUUUUAGAAAAAUGUCUGUAUGUAUAUUAUUAGUGCUUUGUUGCAUGGUUCUAUAUAUUAAAUAAUUAUUUUUUUUUUUUUCACACACUCUUCAUCUAAAAAACUCCUUUAC